GGCGGCGCGAACGGCAGCGAAGAGGGUGGCUCCGGGCUCGGUGCUCACCGCGACUUCCCGCGCAGGGCCCGGCCCGACAAGGACCCGCGGCCUCGGCGGCCCUGGAGGAUGCGGCUGCGGCCCCGGGCAGCAGCAGCGGGAAGCCUGGCGCCCUGCAGGUCGGCUGUUGAGUAGCUGGGGCCCCAGAGGGCUUGAAGCCUUCACAGUGAUGGCGGAGAAGCGGCCACUAGGGACCCUGGGGCCUGUGAUGUAUGGCAAGCUGCCCCGCCUAGAGGCAGACUCCGGGCCUGGGCACAGCUUGCCCCCCUCUGCUGGUAACCAGGACCCCUGCAGCUACAAGGGUGCCUACUUCUCCUGCCCCAUGGGGGGUGCUCCCAAGGCAGGGUCUGAGCGGUUGGCUUCCUGGACCCCAUACCCACCCUUGUACCCUGCCAGCAUGGCAGGACCCCCACUUCGGGCAGACAACCUGCUGACCAGCUGCCUGCUCUACCGCCCGCCAGCGGAAAGCUCUGAGAAGGUGCAAGACUCUGGCCCAGUUGAGCUCCUGCCCUUCAGUCCCCAGGCUCAUUCCUACCCAGGCCCACCGCUGGCGGCACCCAAACCUGUCUACCGCAACCCUCUGUGUUAUGGGCUCUCAACUUGCCUGGGGGAAGGGGCACCGAAGAGGCCGCUGGAUGUUGAUUGGACGCUGGUGACUGGGCCCCUCUUAUCCCCAGCUGACUCUCCUUGUUCUCUGACCCCGGCUCCUGGAAAGGGCCAGUCCCUGGAUGGCUCUUUCUUGCGUGGGGUGCCAGCUGGGGGAUCUGGCAAAGACUCCUCGGUGAGCUUCUCUCCAUGCCAGGCAUUCCUGGAGAAGUAUCGGACCAUCCACAGCACAGGCUUCUUGGCCUCCAAGUAUGCAGGUCCUUACUCUGGGGACCCCAAGCAGGCAUUGUCCGAGGGACCUCCCAGUCCUUGGACCCAGCUGACCCAACCCCUGGGGCCAGCCUGCCAGGAUGCAGUGCCCACCCACUACCCACUGUCUCACCCUCCGCAGGGCCUGCCUUGCCCUCCAGCCUGUCGCCACCCAGAGAAGCAGGGCAGCUACAGCUCAGUGCUCCCGCUGCAGCCUCUGGGAGCCCACAAGGGGGCUGGGUACCCAGCUGGUGGACUGAGCAGCCCCUACCUGAGGCAGCAGGCAGCCCAGACACCCUAUAUGCCCCCAGUGGGGCUGGACACUUAUUCCUUCCCCUCUGCACCCCUCCCAGCGCCCUCACCAGGCCUUAAGCUGGAGCCACCUCUUGCUCCACGCUGCCCACUGGACUUUGCCCAGACACUGGGCUUCCCUUAUGCCCGGGAUGACCUCUCUCUCUAUGGAGCAUCCCCGGGCCUUGGAGGGACACCACCUUCCCAGAACAGUGUGCAGGCUAUGCCACAGCCCAGUGCCUUCCAGCGGGCGUGCCAGCGCCUGCCUGCCAGCCAGCCAUGCUCAGAGCCUGUGAGGCUUACAGAGAAGCCAGUACAGGAAGCGGAGGAGAAGAUGUGGCUGCCCAGCUGCAGGAAAGAGCAGCUCCAGGCCCAGCUUGAUGAGCACCCGGGGGCACCCAUUGUCAUCGGAGACAGUCCUGUUCCCCGCACCCCACCGGCACUCCCUCCCUGUGCCCAGGAGCGCCAGUCUCUUCCACAGAACGAGGGCACACUGCCACCCAGCUCUCCACCCAUGCCUAUUAUCGACAAUGUCUUCAGCCUGGCCCCCUACCGUGACUACCUGGAUGUGCAGGCACCCGAGGCCGCAGCUGAGCCUGACCCGGCCCCAGCCCCAAAUGACAGCCAUGACAAAGACUGCAGGGGGACCCGGCCUGCCCAGGAGGCCCCCUCGAAGGCGCACUGCUCACUUAGGGAGGAGGUGGCACUGGACUUGAGUGUGAAGAAGCCCGUGGCAGAGGCUCCUCCUAUCAAAGUCCCUAGUCCUGUGGUGCAUGCCAAGGCCACUGCAGCCAUGGAUGUGCCGGGUGAAGGGAACACGGUCUCUGACGUGCCAGGUGUGGGGACCACAGGCCCGGAUCUGCCAGGCCUGAAAAAGACAGUCACAGAGGCACCUGGGGUGCCAGUGACCACAGAGGCCACCCCGAGGACCAACUUCCACAGCUCUGUGGCCUUCAUGUUCCGAAAAUUCAAGAUCCUCCGGCCGGCACCCUUGCCUGCAGCUGUGGUCCCAUCUGUGCCCACCUCGGCCCCUGCUCCUGCACAGCCUGCACCCACCCCUCCGUCUGUGCCCAUUGGACUACAGAUUCUCACCCAGCCUUUGCCUGUGGCCUGCUUCAACCUGGCGCUGCCCAGCCCUCCAGCUGUAGCCAUGGCCUCUCCUGCCCCAGCCCCUGUUCCGGCUCCGUCACCUGCUCCGGCCCCGGCUCCGACUCCGGCCCCAGUUGCAGGCCCCGCUCCAGCUUCUACCCCCACCACAGCGGACUCGCCAGAGCAACACUUUGCAGGACUGCAUGCGUCCCUCUGUGACGCCAUCUCAGGCUCAGUGGCCCACUCCCCGCCCGAGAAGCUGCGUGAGUGGCUUGAGACGGCUGGGCCUUGGGGCCGGGCAGCGUGGCAGGACUGCCAGGCUGUGCAGGGGCUGCUAGGCAAGCUGCUGUCCCAGCUGCAGAGCUUCGUGUGCACGCAGCAGUGCCCCUUCCCCCACGUGGUGCGGGCGGGCGCCAUCUUCGUGCCCAUCCACCUGGUGAAGGAGCGGCUCUUCCCUCGGCUGCCGCCCGCUUCCGUGGACCACGUGCUGCAGGAGCAUCGCGUGGAGCUGCGGCCCACCACGCUGUCGGAGGAGCGGGCCCUGCGGGAGCGAGCCCUGCAUGGCUGCACGUCACGCAUGCUGAAGUUGCUGGCGCUGCGCCAGCUGCCUGACAUCUACCCCGACCUGCUGGGCCUGCAGUGGCGCGACUGUGUACGCCGCCAGCUGGGUGACUUGGACACUGAGGCUGGAUCUGUGCCCUCCUCAGAACCCACCAUGGCCAGAGAUGAGCUGGAGAGCCUAGCCCCGGCUCGGAAAUCACCUGUCCCCAAGGCCAGGAAGCCGGGGAGGAAGCCACCAACCCCUGGCCCGGAGAAAGCAGAGGCAACUGCUGGGGGAGGGUCCCGCAGUGCCUCACCUACUCCUGCCAGCGCCAGCCCACCCGGCCCCACGCUGAAGGCCCGCUUCCGCAGCCUGCUGGAAACUGCCUGGCUCAAUGGCCUGGCACUGCCCACUUGGGGCCACAAGGCCUCAGGACCAGACCGGCCCAUGCCCCACCCCCAGGUGUUGGGCAGCCAGAGCCAUCACCUGUAGCAUUGGCUGCCAGUGCUGUCUAGGGAUCACUGUCCGUACCCCUCCCUUCUCCAGCCCAGCUGCCAAGGGUCAGGAGUGGACCUGCCCUUGGAGUUCCUCCAGCUCUCACCCUGCACCCUCCACCCCAGGUUGGGCUGAGAGCCCCUGAGCUUUUGAGGGCCUUUGUUAGAAAGGACUCCUUCCUAUUUCUUCCUUGGAGAGAACGUGGGCUUUGGAGUCCAACGGACGUGGCUUUGCGUCCUGGCUCCUGUGUUCCUUGCUGUGUAACCAGUCAGGUCACGUUCUCUCUUGAGCCCUCUGUUCCCCAUUUGUAAAAUAGGACAACGCAGCCUACCUCGCAGGGUGUUGUGGGGGUGAUGCCUGACACACACCCGUUACGGUUUGCUCUCUGCUCCCUGCUCAGGACAGGGGCCUAGAUCUCAGCCAGGGUCUGGACUAUGAGGCUGAGGCAAGCAGAACCUUCCUUUAGAAAGUCUUUGUGUGUCAUAGGACUUGGUUUUCUUAAGAGUGGUCCAUUGUACGUCUGUGUGAGUCACACUUUCUAGAGCCACAGCCCCAGCGUUUGGGGUUGGGCCCUAAUCCUCAGCCAGGAGCUCCCUGAGGGAGCCCGCCCCUGCCUCCCCCAAGACGGGGUGCAGGGAUACAGCCUCGGGCUGGCAUCCUUGUCCUGGGCCUGCUGCUGUCACCCCUGGGAGGCCCCAGGCCUGUCCUGAAUGACACCAGUGACUUCCCUGCGCUGCCUCCCCCACCCGGUGCGUUAUUGAGAAAGUUGAGUGCUUGCUGGAAGCCAAGCAGCUGCAGGGACUCAGGGACUAGAAGGGACAGGGACAGGCUGAGUGACAGCUCAGUCCUGGGACGUCUCCCAAGAGAUGAACUGAAGACCUUGGCACUCACCAAGCCGGAGCCCCAUCUGCCCGCCUGCUGUGGGUUACCUCCUUGCAGAGUGCUCAACAGCCAGAGGCUGGCAAGCUGGGCCUUUGGCUGGUUAAGGUUUUGUAAUAAGGCUAUGGGCCCUGGAGGCAGGCCAUUAAACAUUAAAGCGUUUGGGUUAUUUUUGGA